AUGAAAAGUGUAGCAUAAGGUUAACAAAAGGACAGAGAAGUUAAUAAUGCCAUUAUUGAAUGUUACAAUGAUAAAUUAUUAAUGAAAUGGUUUCUAAAAUUAAGGAAAGCAUCAAAAAUUUUGAAAAAGAGAAAGAAUAACGAAAAAACAAUCAUAAAGAAGAAAAAGUAAUUAUAUUUUGAUAAAUGGGUGAUUGAACUGUAAAAUUACAGAUUACACCUAUAAUUACUUUAAGAUUCUACUAUAUAUUAUAAUGAAGUCUUAAUAAAAAAAGCGUUUAAAGGUUGGAAAAGACAUAUGUUGGAUUCAAAGAAAUAUUAAACUCAAUUGGAAUAGGUUUGUAAAAUAUUUAAGAAUUGGAGAAAUUACACAAAAGAAUAAAAUAAUAAAAGAAAUUCUAAAUACUAACCAAUUCAUAAUAAAUGGAGGAAACAAACAUUUUUUAAUUAUUGGAAGGAUGCAACAUUGGAUUCUUAAAAAGAUAAACUAGCUAAAGGAUUUUACAUGUACAAGAUUUUUUAGAGUUGGAAAUAAUACAUAGAAGAAAUCAAAUAAAUAUAAUUGAAGUUAUAGGAUAAAGAAUUAAUAUUGACAGUCUAAAUUGAGAAGAAAAGAAAAAAACGAUAUUUGUUAUUUUGGAGACGUGCUUAUGAAAGCAAAAUAGAGAAGAAGGGUUUAAAUAAAGUAAUGUUACAAGCAAAGUUGAAAUAAAGAAAAUUGGAACUUUUAAUAUAAGGGUUUAGAUCAUUCAAAAAUAACUGGAAAUUGAACAAAUAUUCAUAGUAUAAGAGAAUUAAGUUCAUUUAAAUGAUCUUUUAUUCAAUUAAGUAUUUUACUGAUCUUUCGAAAAUGAAGAUGGAACAAUUAAUAAAUUAUUAAAAUAAAAAGAGAUUACAAUAACUAAGCAAAGUAUUUAAAUCCUUAAAAUAUGAUUAUGAUUUGAUAAAGUAAAAGGAUGAGAAGGCUCAAAGUUAUUAUAAUAAAAGAUUACAAAGAGACUACUUCCAGUUGUUUAUAAAAGGAGUAAUAAAGUAAUACCAAAGAGAGUUGAAAUUAAGUUCCCAAUUCUACAUCUAAAGAAGAAUUAUCUAUACAUUUGGUGCUUUGAAAUCGCAUUGGGAAUCUUAAAGGAGAAGAAAAAUAAAUAAGAAAAAGUUAGAGAAAUAUUUAGGUUCUAAACAAUUUAAAUUGUUGAAGUAAUCAUUCAAAAAAAUGAGAGCCCAUCUUUUAAGUUAGAGAAAAGGGAAGAAAAAAUUAUUGUAAUUAGAAUUCAAUGUGUUUUACCAAUGGAGACUACAGACGAAGUUGAAAAUGCUAAAAAAACAAUAUUGA